UUCUGUCUGUCUUUCUUUCUCGCUUUAGUUUCUCUUUCACCAAACGGCGAGAAAGAUAGAAAGAGUUUUGCGCGUAUGUGUUUGUGUGUGCGUGUGUUGUGUCCCAAAUUUUCGUUUACCCGUCACCACUGAACACCGAAACCGUCAAACGUGGGAAACGCGGCAGCCAUAUUGGCCUGGCCUCGGCAAUGCGACGCCAGCGCGCUCUUCCGCCUCCCGGCGGCACUAACCUCACAGCGUGGGAGUCGAGGGCCGGCUUGUACGAGCACAUGUACGGCACGAGAGCGCACGGCCGAUGUGAACGUUCGAUAUUUUUCUUUACUGCGAGACUCGAAGGUAAGACAAACUUACAUGAAAAACAGUUAAGAAAUACAAAUUAAUAUAAACGAAAUAUAAGCGAAAUUUGAAAUUCGGAACAAAGGAAGGCACGAGGAGUGCGCGAGUGUGAUUGUGUAAAUAAAUGUGAAAAGAGAGUGAGAGAGACGAAGCAGGAAAAAAAGGAGGAAGAAAUUGAACGACAAAUCGUUUUCUGUCCAUCCAGCAGAGGAGUCCUGCUCGCACACACGCGGUGCAAAUUGCGCCCCGACCACGUGGUCGUCCACGUUUUUCGUUAGUAGUGCCGAUAAUCGUGUCAAAAAAAAACUACCGGACAAACAUUGCAUUGCAAAAACAAAAAUAACAGUUGUGAAAUAAAAAAACAAGAGACGAAAAAAGUAAAUUUCGGAGAAACGUCAGAAUGACGUAGAGAACGAGCACGUUUCGAACGAUUUUUCGUAAAAGCAAUUUAUGUAAAAUAAAAAAAACCAUUUUCAAAAUUGGUUCAAAUUCUAAAAUGAAUUUCCGAAUUUGCUGAGUAAAAUGUGACCAGAAAAGCAAAAAAAUCAUCUAAAUAUAAUUGAAUAAAAAUUUAGAAAAAAAUGGAAGUUAAUUCAGAAGUGAAAACGAGCUGUGUGAACGAGCCGCAGAUAAAAAGGUUUAAACAUUCGACGAUAUCAGAAUGUAUAAACAGCCAAGAGUUUCAAGAUCUAUUUUCUAAGCAUUGGCAUGAGCGAGAACAUCUGGAGACAACCGGUUUGAGUGUCUUGACAGAACCUUUCCGUCUGGCGAAAAUUUCGAAUUUUAUAAGCAGCGAAUCUUUCAUGGAAGAUUUGAAGGUGGAGUUAGCAGAAGUUAAAAGUCGGAGGCAGAGUUUGGAUUUGUAUCAGUUUGAACAAACUAGCGAUUUGGCCGAUGUAGACACCCCGAGUUUACGACGACUUUGGGAAACCUUUCAACGGGAUUUCUGCGAUUGGAUGAGGAGAAACACUAAAAUUGAGCUCAACAAAAAGAUUUCCAUGUCCAGUUCGGUUUACUACGACACUGAUUAUCUCCUCUGUCACGACGACAAUUUGGGUGACCGGCGAAUUGCUUUCAUACUUUAUUUGUCAAAAGAUUGGAGCCUCGAAGACGGCGGCACUUUAGAUCUCUUUGACACAGAUGAGAAUGGAGUGCCCAACAAAAUUGUUCGCUCCCUCGUUCCAGAAUACAAUUCCCUUAUUUUUUUUGAAGUCCACGACGACUCUUAUCAUCAAGUAAGCGAAGUUAAAUCUCCGGAAAAGUCUCGCUGGACCAUCAACGGAUGGUUCCAUGGGCCGGUGGUGCCGAGUGCCAGAAAACCAAGACCCGAAAUCCAGUUUCCUCUGCAUACGCCUCAAAUGGCGAGUGCGGAUAUUCGUUCUUGGAUUAGGAAUUACUAUCUGGAUUCAACGGUCGCUAAAAACGUGCAGAAAAACGUCGAAACCAAUUCCUACACGUUUCUGUCAAAUUUCUUUGUGGAAGAAACAUGGGAGAUCCUUUCGAAACAAAUUGUUUCGGACGAAAUUGUUUGGAGCAGAGUGGGACCGCCGGAUGUGAGAAACUACGAAAUAGCAAAGCCAGAGAGUUUGCCCAAAGAGCUCGCAGAGUUUUAUCAGCUUUUUAGUAAUAUCGAAAUCUUCAAAUUGCUCAAAGAAUACACAGAGUUGGAUCUCGUGCCGAACAUCAAAGCGGAAGGUGACCCACGGAUGAGCGUCGAGCUGCAGAGAUGGUCCAACGGCUGUUACACUCUCAUGUGCGACAGAAGUCACUCCGAAGAAGAAGAAAGACUUUCUUCGAUUUGCGACGACGAGAUAUUUGCUAUGAGCGAAGACGAGGAUGUCCCUUCGAUGAGCGAAGUGAUGAGGAUCGCUGCGCAGAGCGAAAGAGAAAUGUUAGCUUCGAUGAAGGAGCAAGAGACGACCGCUUCCAACGGCAGCGAAAAGAAACUUUCUACCGAGGGAUUGGAGAAAAAGGAAGAAAUAAAAGAGACAACGAAGGAAGAGAAAAAAUGUGAAGACUCGUCAACUAUUGGGACCGACGAAUCUGCUGACAGCGCCAUUUUGAAACGACUCUUGAAAGGAAAAAGCAAAGCGGAAAAGAAAUCACCUUGCUCCAAUAAUCUUCAACAAGCGUCCUGCUCGAGCAUCGAAGAAAAAUCUGUCGAUUAUUCCAAAACAGAAUCUGAGGAUUCGGACGUUUCUGACAUCGGAGAUUAUCUCUCGGAUCGUUUCGAACGCUCGAUCGACAAUUCUGAUGAAGACGACAAUGAAGACGAAGAGGACGAUUGUGCCACCUCACCCAGCACCUGCGAACCCGGAUCUCUCGAUGUUAUCGUACAAUUCAACACCAGCCAAGCUCCUCCUGACGAAACUAUCGAUUAUAUCGAUCCAAAUCAACAGGAAGGUGCUCUAAUCCACGUUCCCUUCAAAGACAAUCACCUCUGUCUCGCUUACAAAACAAUUCGUACUAGCAGACUUCACAAAUACGUUAAUCAUUAUUGCAAAGGAUACUUUUACAAUUUGAUAUGUACGUAUUACGAGUGACACACUUUUUAUUCUCCUUUUCGUCAAUUAUCCAACAUCCCUGUGCCUGAAUUAUUUCAUUUAAAAAAAAAAAUCAGAAAUAAUGGAAAAAGGAAUCAUUUGAAAUUGUCUGAACUCACGUGAUCGUUACUUUUAUCGUUCCUGGGAUUUGUAUAGUAUUUGUAUUAAUAAAAUUAUCAGUAUUUGUAAA